UCUGCCAUGGAACCUGGCCCCGCUCUGGCCUGGCUCCUGCUGCUGAGCCUGUUGGCCGACUGUCUGAAAGCUGCUCAGUCCCGAGACUUCACAGUGAAAGACAUCAUCUACCUCCAUCCUUCAACUACACCAUAUCCUGGUGGAUUUAAAUGUUUCACCUGUGAAAAGGCGGCAGAUAAUUAUGAAUGCAACCGAUGGGCUCCAGACAUCUACUGCCCUCGAGAGACUCGAUAUUGCUACACUCAGCAUACAAUGGAAGUCACGGGGAACAGCAUCUCUGUCACAAAGCGCUGUGUCCCACUGGAAGAGUGCUUGUCCACUGGCUGCAGAGACUCCGAGCAUGAAGGCCACAAGGUCUGCACUUCCUGUUGUGAAGGAAAUAUCUGUAAUUUGCCACUCCCCAGAAAUGAAACUGAUGCCACAUUUGCCACCACGUCACCUAUAAAUCAGACAAACGGGCACUCACACUGCAUGUCCAUGAUAGUGUCCUGCUUGUGGGUGUGGUUAGGACUCACGUUAUAGCAGCUGCACAGCACCAUGUGUAGUUGUGAUCCCUGGGGCUCUCGGUGUCCACACUCAUGCAUGAGUCAUUGCCCUGACAUUAGUUACCGGUGUGAGACCCCAGCAACUCGCAGAUGUCAUCGCCACUGAUCAUGAGAAACUAACAUUGCUUCAGCAUAGUCAUUUUGAGUCUAACCAAGACCUCAGCAGAGUCAUCCUGUCCCCAAUGCAGAUCCUGAGUUCCAUACUACAAACCUUUGUUUUCACUCCAAGAAAUAAUCUGCAUUUGUCAAGAGCUGUGGUUAUUAAUUUUGGGAUACAUGCAUGAGAUGCAGGAGGUCCUGGACCCUCUGAGAUAUUAGGGAUAUGAUUUAUGGACAUGGACAGAUGUAUGUGUUUUGGGAGAAAGGUAAAAACCACUUGUUUAAAUGCAAUCAUGAAUUCUCUCAUGGCUUUAGAAUUUUAAAACUUUGAUUCCCAAAUAUAUCAACUGUAUCCCUGGAACUCCUUACCAAGUUCCUGGAAGAGUAGUAAGAAAUGUAAUCUUCCCCACAUUCUUCUAUCAAAAUUAGGAAUCAUAUUCGCUCAGCUCUGUGUGUCAGAUUAUAAGGUUAUCAUAAAAGCUUAAUAUAUUUGUGGGAGUAGCAGAAGUAUGGUCCCUAACUUAAUGGAACUAAAAUCCAAAAAGUGGCUGUGUUUAUCCCUUCAUGUAAUUGGUGAGAUUGACUUGUUACCUAGUAUGCUGGAUGAGAUCCUGGCUUCCACCUGGGUUGGUGGUAUCCAAAGAUUUCCCAGCAAUAUGGAGCUAUUUUUACUAGAUAUGCGAUUCUAUUUAGCUAUAGCUAAUCUGGACAGAAAGACAGCUUUGGAAUUAAAGGAAGAUGUGUAGAGGUUACUUUUGGUUCAUUUUAAGGAUACAGUAAGUGGCUCAGUCCAACCCUUUCUCCAGCUGCAGUUAACCCUGUCCAAAGCCUUUCCCUUGUAAAUCAUAGUAACUCUAGGGACAAGAUUCUGCAUAAAAUGAACUCUAGAUAGAUAAGGAAAGAAGAUGUAAUAGGCUAGGGUGAAAAAAGUAAGGAGAACCAAUGGGAACUUUGAGUUUCUUUUAGGGAUUGCUUUUGAAGUAGAUGGUGGAAUUUUUGCCAUCCUACCUAUAUUUUUGGU